AUGUCAUUUGGAUGGGUAACGCUUGUUGCCACUCCGAAAUCCCACCCAUUUGAAGAAAGGCGGAUAAAAGUAAACUCACCGAAUGAUCCUGUAAAAAUAGGAAGAGCUGUUGCACGAAUUCAAGCAGCGCCUGAUAAUGCAGUAUUUGAUUGCAAAGUUCUAUCAAGAAAUCACGCUAUAUUAUGGUUCCGCGACGGCGAAUUCUGGCUGAAAGACACAAAAAGUAGCAAUGGAACGUUCGUCAACAAUGAAAAACUCCAACAGAUUGGUACAGGUCGGGAUACUGACGUCCGCCGGGUUUUCAGCGGUGACAUAAUUCAACUUGGUGUUGAAAUAGUUGAAAACGCCAACAAAGUAGUGUAUGGCUGCAUUUAUGCAGUGAUUAACUGCUUUAAUGCUGAAGGCAAGUUGCUCGAAAACACUGGACAAUCUUGUGACGAUGGAGGACAGCGAACAACAAACUCGCUAGUCAGUAACCGAAAACUUUUCCAGAUGCAGCAAUACGUGUCAGAAGCACAACACAGAGAAAAGCAACGAGAAGAUAAAAUUGCCGAACUAAUGAGUAUCAUAUCCGCUAACGAGAAAGCUGCUGAGACGGCUUGGAAAGCUUUGGUCAAUGAAGAUCGAUUAUUGGCCAGAAUCGAAUCACUCGAAGCUCAACUCUCAAUACUUUCCAAUAACAAUAACCCUGAUAAACAAAAAGAAGAGCUCCUAAAAAUGAUCGAUGAAAAAACAAAAUUUGAAGCAAUGACUAAAGAGAUGGUACGACGGCUGAUUGAGGAGAACGGCGAAACGACGUCUCGAUUGAAAGAUAUGGAGAGAUCUCUUGAGACUACUGAACAGACGUAUCAACAACUUCGGUCGAGGAACGAUGAUUUGGAGACUGCAUUAUCCGAGACGACUGAGAUGUAUGAUUCGAAAGUUUCGGAUUUGGCCUUGACAACGUCAGAAUUAUUUGAGAAACAGAAGCAAUUUUCUGCUUUGGAGGAUAAACUGACCGACUUACAACAAAAGAAUUUGAAAUUGAGUAAAAGUUCUGUGAUUAACGAGACUGCGUCUGGUCUGUCACGUCUGCUGGCCAAUGCUAUCAAUAGUGGAAGUUUCAUCGACGCACCGGAACUACAUUUACUUAUUAGCACUCUGAAGUCAGCUUCGUAUUUACCACCACACACUCGUGAAACUCCAUCAUCUCCUGACACAUCGUCGGCUUCUGAAUCGGAUCUUCGUACUCAACUGAUGAAUGGCUGCGAUACUUCCACUUCUGAAAAAGAUCUUAUCGAGGAAUACGAAAAGAAUAAACAGCAAGACGAAAAAAUGACAAUCGAAAUUUGUCUGAAAACCAUUCUCGAACUUCAGUCAAAGAAUCGUGAACUCGAGAUGACAGUAGCAACUAUGAUGGAAGAGAACCAGGAAAAUCAAGAAAAUGGAGAAAAAUCAGAUAGCUUUUUAUCAGAAACAGACAUACACAAAGAGCCGCUGGAAAUUUCCCCAUCUGAAAACGCAUCGUUUUUCCCGGAUGCUGGUAAUUUCUCGGGAUCUUCAACGUCUACUUCAUCACAGGCACCGCUUAUGCAAAAACAAUCAACAGUUAUCAAAAAGCCUGAUGGGCUGGAGAAUUUAUUGCUGUUGGUGUCACUGGUCCCGCUUCUCGCUCUACUCCUCGCUGCUCUCGCUCCGAUUCAGAAUCGAUUUUCGAGUCCGAAAGAGAAAAAGGAAGAGUGA